AUCACGGGCUCCGCUACGCUCACAACCCCAAACAAACAGGAACAAGAUCACAACCACACCAAACACCAUCACUCCUCCAACGCCCCCAACCUCCUCGACCUACACCUGCAGCACCGGCCACCCGCGCGCCAGCGAAACCCGGCGGCCCUAUCUAGGAUCCGACGACGACGAGGAGCCACCGCGCCGCAGAGCUGCUAGGAUGGGGCGGAGAGUGGCGUCCUACUACGUGGAGGCGGCGCCGCCCGUGGACGUGAACAAGAACACCGAGUGGUUCAUGUACCCCGGGGUCUGGACCACCUACAUCCUGCUCCUCUUCUUCGCCUGGCUCCUCGUCCUCUCCGUCUCCGCCUGCUCCCCCGGCGCCGCCUGGACCGCCGUCAACCUCGGCCACUUCGCCAUCACUUACCACUUCUUCCAUUGGAAGAAGGGAACUCCGUUUGCUGCUGAUGAUCAAGGAAUCUACAACAGAUUGACUUGGUGGGAGCAAAUUGACAACGGGCAGCAGCUUACUCGCAACAGGAAGUUCUUAACUGUGGUACCGGUGGUUCUGUAUCUGAUUGCUUCACACUUGACCGACUACAAUCAGCCGAUGCUCUUCCUCAACACAGUUGCAGUUUUGGUGCUAGUUGUAGCCAAACUACCAAACAUGCACAAGGUCCGGAUAUUUGGAAUCAAUGCAGAUAUCUGAGGGGCGCCACAAGAACACCGCAGUACUGUUGCUUGUAAUCGUUGUAUAUAGAUUUAGAGAGAACUGUAAAUGUCACUCUAGCAUACGUAGUUUGCCUGAAGUGUCCCCGACAGAUGAAAGGCCUGUAGCCCUGUAGGUGAUCCCAGCUGGAUGUUGUUUGGUAUUGCAUCAUACUCCACGGGAUUCUUGAAGUGUAGACUGUCUUCAAUAAAGAUGUCAAUAUUUGGAUCGAGA